AUGGGUUUCAGCACUGCAGCCGAAUUUGAUCAGGCCUAUCAAAGUGUGCAGGGUGCUUUUGCAUCAGGCACCACCAAGAACAAGGCUUGGAGGCGUCGUCAACUGAAACGUGCUUGGUGGAUGAUUGAGGACAACAAGAAGCGCAUCUGUGACGCUCUCUAUGCCGAUCUGCAUAAGCACUAUCAAGAAGCUUACACCAGCGACUGUGGUAAUAUUCAAGCAGAUAUUCUACGAACUCUCAAAAAGCUGGAGAAAUGGACCAAGGAUGAGAGACCGGGAAGGUCCGAUCCGCUCAACUUCCUCGGAGGAGCCACUGUCCGCAAGGAACCUCUUGGUGUGACCCUGAUUAUCGGCGCAUGGAAUUUCCCCGUCAAUCUGCUGCUGCUGCCAAUGAUAGCCGCGAUUGCUGCCGGAUGUGCUGUAAUUCUCAAACCGUCAGAUGUGGCAAAUGCCACCCAAGAUGUCCUGAUGGAAAUUGUUCCCCAAUACAUGGACCGAGAUGCCAUCCAGUGUGUUUCUGCUGGUCCACAAGAAAUGGGUUACAUCCUUGAGCAUCGCUUUGACCACAUUUUCUACACUGGAUCCCCCAAUAUUGCCAAAAUAAUCCAUGCAGCAGCGGCGAAGCAUCUGACCCCCGUUACACUCGAGUUGGGCGGGAAAUGUCCUGCCAUUGUUGCGGAGUCGGCGGAUCUCGAUCUCGCUGCGAAACACAUCGCGGUUACCAAAUUCAUGAAUGCUGGACAGGUUUGUUUGAAUGUGAACCACGUUUUCGUUCACCCAGGUCUACAAGAGCGCCUUGUCGCCGAUCUGAGUCAAUACUUUGACACGUUCUUAGGAGGCAAAGCCAACAACCCAGAGUAUUAUACACACAUCAUCAAUGAGCGCAACUUCGACCGCCUUGACAGUCUACUCCAGCAGACCUCUGGAAAAAUCGUCUAUGGUGGCCAUCGGGAUCGGCAGAGUCUGUACUUCGCACCAACGAUUGUCACCGGAGUCAAACCCGGCGAUUCCCUUCUCUCCGAAGAGCUUUUCGGUCCAAUUCUCCCCAUCGUGGAUGCAGACUUCGAUACUGCGAUCUCUCGGACACGCGAGGGAGAGCAUCCACUCGCGAUCUACGCAUUCACUACUCAAGAUGCCGAUAAGGCUCGCAUCUUGAACGAAACCCAGUCUGGGGGUGUGACCUUCAAUGACUGCGGUCUUCAUGUCGUUGGUCGCGAUGUGCCCUUUGGUGGUGUUGGCAACUCCGGUCAGGGGUGUUAUCGUGGCCCGCAUGGUAUCUUGACUUUCUCGCAUCUCCGUACGCACAUCAACGCCGUGCCUUCGUGGUUGGAGGGGCUUCUAGCUGCGCGGUACCCCCCGUACUCGGUUCAGAAAGCUCACAAGAUGGUGGCCCCCAUCACCCCGUCUUUUGACCGGGACGGCAAUGAUACGAAUUUCGCUCGCUCAAAGUGGGCCUUCGGUGUUGGUAUCAUCGCGCUUUCUGCAUUAUUUGUGACUCGGCGGGAUCAGAUUGCCACUUUCGGAUCUAAAUGGCUCAAGUAA